AGAGACAGACACACUAUCAAGCUAUCAAGCCUUAUUUCAGAUCAACGUCACAUUUUCUUAACUUUCUGACACUUUAUCGUGUUUUGAACACACAGUGAACAUGGAGCAGCUUCAUGCUACUAAAGGUACAAAGAGGUGCAGGGAGGCUGAUACAGAAGAGUCACCCAGCAAAAGACACCAUGCUGAGGAAGAAGAGCGACUCUCACCAGCCGAUGCUGCAGGAACGGCUUUGGUCAAUGAACCAUCCAGCCUGCUGACCCCUGGUUACAAACUGAGAUACACCAAAGUGGUGACACUCUCACAGAGGCGGCAGUACAUGAGAGCGUACAAACAGCUCUCUAAAGAGUACUGCGCCCUUCAUGCACGCGUCGAUGGCAUCCAACCAUUCUGCCAUCUGCUGCCGGGACUGAAACAGUUUCAGGAAGUGCAUGAUAAAAACAACCAGGGAGAAAAGAACUUGCUAGAACACAACCUGAAUCACACUAGCGAGAGACAGCGACUCUUUUACCUCCACCACAAGCGCGCUCACAUCAAGAAGCUCUGUGCUGACUUUGAUCACUGGUGGAGGAACAAUUUACUGACCAAAGUCAAAAGAUGCCAGGAGAGAAACAGUCCUGGAUGUUUUUAGUCUUCAUUUUACUCUCUUCCCUCCCCGUCCCUGUUUUUAACAUGAUUACUAAAUUAUUAUUGUUAAAUUAAUCCCCCUAUUAAUAGUGUAUUUUACUAUGUGAGUACAACAGUACCAAACCUUUACCAUACAGGUGUAAAUACAUA